AUGCUCUCACGUGUUGCUGCGGUGAAGGCACCCCGCACACACAACCGUCGCCGCGUGACCGGAUCCAGCGGAAGGAGGAGGGAAGGAGGAGAGAGUGAGCCGCAGAGGCCCAACAUGUCCCGGCGUGUGUUUACUUCCGCGGUGCUCCUCCUCGUCGUGAUGGUUUGCUGUGGCAGUGGAGCUGCGCACGCGGUGGAGAGUAAUUCGGGGGAUGCGCAGCUGCCGAAUGAGGUUGCUAUUCUUGUGCCAGAGAAGACGCUGGUGGUGUCAAAAGGUGGGAAGGGCCAAAGUACAACGAGGAACUCAUUUGCCGCUCCUUCUCUCGUCCGCGCUGGUGGAGUAAUGACUGUGCUUGCCGAGGGUUGGAUCAAGUAUACUGGAUCGCACAAAACAUCGAGUGAGCUUGGUUCUGCCGAUAUUGUGGCUGGGUACAUCAGCGCUGCGGAGACGUGGCCAUCCAUUGUCGCUGAGGUCACUAGCACGGAAUGGAGGGUACACACUGUCCUUGGCGAUGGGAAUGGCGAUGAUCUUGUGGGCGUUUUGCGAAAUCCCACAUCAGUUGGAGUGGACAAUAAGGCGUUUCUACUUGUGGGAAACUAUAGUAUAAAAUUUGACGCUACUAAAAAUAUUUGGCAGGAGGUUGGCUGGGAUAUUCGAAUGCUUGUGGGUGAGGCCACGCACUCCUUAUCCAGCGGUCGGGGUG